GGAGGUGGCUGCAGUCUCGGGCUGUCUUUCGUUGCUUGUUGGAGCUGCAGGAGAAGGGGUCAGGGCUGAGGAACCACGCGGAGCCAGCGCCCGGCCUUUCCGCCGCCCCGCGCGGUCUCUGCGGCACCAGUUCCGGGCCCUGCUUCGCGGCGUCUGCUCCCGGGCUCCCCUCGCUCCGCGGCUCGGGGUCGUCGGCCGCGCGUAAACACCACGAUUUCGGCCCUUCCCUGGGCCCUGUUCGUCCCCUCUACCCAUGAGAGACUUCCCGAUCAAAAAUUUUGUUUUGGGCUGAUUUUAAGCAUUUUUCUGUUCGUAGCUGUGUGUUUGCACUCUGACUGGGAACACUGGGAUCACUUUCAUCAUGCCAACAGUGGUGGUAAUGGACGUAUCCCUUUCCAUGACCCGACCCGUGUCUAUUGAGGGGUCUGAAGAAUAUCAACGGAAGCACCUAGCCGCCCAUGGUUUGACGAUGCUGUUUGAGCACAUGGCCACAAAUUAUAAGCUCGAGUUUACAGCCCUGGUGGUUUUUUCAUCACUCUGGGAGCUGAUGGUUCCCUUCACAAGAGAUUACAACACACUUCAGGAAGCACUAAGUAAUAUGGAUGAUUAUGAUAAAACCUGCUUGGAAUCUGCAUUAGUUGGUGUUUGCAAUAUUGUUCAGCAAGAAUGGGGUGGUGCAAUUCCUUGCCAGGUUGUUCUGGUGACAGAUGGCUGUCUUGGCAUUGGUAGAGGGUCACUGCGGCAUUCCCUAGCUACUCACAGUCAACGAAGCGAGAGCAACAGGUUUCCACUACCUUUUCCUUUCCCAUCUAAGUUAUACAUCAUGUGCAUGGCAAAUUUGGAGGAGCUUCAGAGUACUGAUUCUUUGGAUUGCCUUGAACGUCUCAUAGAUUUAAACAAUGGUGAAGGGCAGAUUUUUACUAUUGAUGGCCCCCUGUGCUUGAAAAAUGUACAGUCUAUGUUUGGAAAACUAAUAGAUCUAGCAUAUACGCCUUUCCAUGCUGUUCUCAAGUGCGGCCAUCUAACCGCUGAUGUGCAAGUCUUCCCCAGACCAGAGCCUUUUGUUGUAGAUGAGGAAAUCGAUCCCAUUCCUAAAGUCAUCAACACAGAUUUGGAAAUAGUGGGAUUUAUUGAUAUAGCUGAUAUUUCUAGUCCCCCAGUUCUGUCCAGACAUCUGGUCCUACCAAUAGCACUUAACAAAGAAGGUGAUGAGGUGGGUACUGGAAUAACUGAUGACAAUGAAGAUGAAAACUCAGCCAAUCAGAUUGCAGGCAAAAUACCCAACUUUUGUGUCCUGCUCCAUGGCAGCCUAAAAGUGGAAGGAAUGGUGGCAAUAGUUCAAUUAGGUCCUGAAUGGCAUGGAAUGCUCUACUCCCAAGCUGACAGCAAGAAGAAAUCAAACCUCAUGAUGUCUCUCUUUGAGCCUGGCCCAGAACCUCUCCCAUGGCUAGGGAAAAUGGCACAGUUGGGUCCUAUUUCAGAUGCUAAAGAAAACCCUUAUGGUGAAGAUGACAAUAAGAGCCCAUUCCCCCUGCAGCCCAAAAACAAACGCAGUUAUGCCCAGAAUGUGACUGUCUGGAUCAAACCCAGUGGCCUACAGACAGACGUACAGAAGAUUUUAAGAAAUGCAAGGAAACUACCUGAAAAAACACAGACAUUCUAUAAGGAGCUAAACCGUUUACGAAAGGCCGCCCUGGCAUUUGGUUUCCUGGACCUGCUCAAAGGGGUGGCUGACAUGCUGGAAAGGGAGUGCACACUGCUGCCCGACACAGCGCACCCAGACGCUGCAUUCCAGUUGACCCAUGCUGCCCAGCAACUCAAGCUCGCCAGUACCGGCACCUCCGAGUAUGCUGGGUAUGAGCACAACAUCACACCUUUGCACACAGACUUCUCCGGAAGCAGCACCGAAAGAAUGUAAAGCCGACUUUGGGAGCCUUCCUUCUUUUGUCAUUCCAGGUGAAAAUGAUUUAGGGUAAAAACUUUUUAGUUUGUUCACCUCUGCAGGAGCCACCCGAAGAACUCCGAGGCUGUCUCAGAAGCACCACUUGCUGGUUUCAGUGACUCUGCUAGAGUCUGAGGGAGGUUCCGAAGAGUGGUUGCCAGUUUGGGCUUUGACUUUAGCUUUUGGGGGCUGAGUCUUUAAGCCCAAAAAAACGCUGUUGCUCCCACAAUGGGCACAUCUCAGAAACUUAAAAGACUGUUGAGCACAGAGCUCUCUCCCACUUCCUCAGGAAAUCUAACCAGCAAGGGCUCUCCAGCUUCCUGAAAGGCACCUUUUUCCUUUUCUCUCUCAACCAUAAGGACACUUUCAGCCUCCUGUCCUUAGAAUGAGUAGCCCAGACUGUCUGGGGCUUGCUAAAUACAAGCCCAACACCUAAUUAAGCUUCAGAACUUUCCUUAGAACUUGGGCAAAAACUUGGUGGUAACCCUUUGGUGCUUUUGGUAUGUCUUGAGAUACAGACUUUUAAACAGCAACCAUAAAUGUAUAAAAUGA